UUAUCAUCUAAAAUGAUGCAAAUAAAGAGUGGAACUGGAUUUAUUCUCAUGCUUCAAUCUCUGGAAAGUUGCCUUGAUAAGUCUCUAUGAAAGGCUAAUAGCCAAUAGCUAUUCUGCUGCUUGUAGCUCCGGAUGACAGAUUUUCAUGUAACAUUACAGCAUAGAGACUCAAACAUGCUCUUCUAAAUUAUAGGCUAGCCAGGAUUUGAGAGGAAUACAGAAGGCUAGAAGCCUCCUACUCCCACUAUUCUUCUAGUUAACAUAGGUUGUAGGUAUCAAAGAGUUCAAGGGAAAAAUGGCAAAUAAAAAGGAUUUUGGUUUCAAAUGCGUUUCUCAGUAGAUUUACACUUCUGAGGAAGAACAAGAAAAUUCCUAUCAUCUAUCAAAUCCUAUGUAGAGACAGACUAUAGGAAAAAUAAUGACAUCUCCCCGUUUCCCUGGAAAUUGCUGAUGUGUAAGUAUGACUUCAACCCCUUCACACUAAUGGGACAACAACUUGGGUUUGGAAAUUUAUUUCAAGCUGGAAAAGUAAUCUGUCUCUGAUGAAGUUAACACUUCUGAACAUGGAAUGUGGAUCAAUAAAACGGUCGCUGAUCAGUCCAGAUUUUCUCUAAAUUAGUCAGAAUGGAAGCUGAAAUUCAUAAAUGACUUUUGAACCAAUCAGAUUUAAAAAUGAUAUCCCAGCCCUCUACGCCUACUUUCACUUCAACUGCCAAACCCCCCAAAUUCUCUUCCUGAAAUCUCUAUAGGUCAAGUCUCAGUGGCUGGUAAUGCGGUUUACCUAGAUCUUAUUAGUCACUCAGAAGCUGGGUGAAAGCUCGUAGGUUGGUGAACACCCAAACCUGAGAUUAGAGACCAAUAGGGGCCAUGGGUGUACCGGAAAACUGAGUUUGGAAGAGAUAGAACUAUUGGAUGAAGUGUGGAGACAUGAGCUAUAUUUCCAGAAAAGAGCCUAAAUUUGACAGUUUCUUAGAAUUAUCG